AUUGGUAGGUGCUUUUUUCGGGUGACCUCAAGUAGUCUUUUGUUGCUGGAUUUAUGGAAAACUACUUGUUUUUAUAUUUGUAUCCUUUUUUUUUAUUUUACUACCCAAGUUAUAACAUUCUGUGUAAUCAGGAAUCCCCAUUGGAGACCAACCUCUUAUGCCAGCUAAGCAUGAAAAAGCAUUAAAGUUGGCCCCUGGAUAUCCGAUAAAUGUGCUGCAUUAAAGAAUUGUGAAGAUGGAACCCUUUUCACAGUUGUCUUCUUUGACAGGGGAAGUCAAACCCGAGGAAUAUAUUCUGCCACAUUACAAAGAAUCAUAUCGCUUAGCUAUUGAUGCUUUAGUGGAUGGAGGUCAGCAAAGUUAUCAGGAAUUUCUCACAAAUGAAAAGCUUGGCGAUUUUCUGUCAGAGGAAGAGCUUGCAUUUAUCACAGAGAAUGCAGAGAAGCCUCCUCAGGUAAACCCAUUAGAUCCCUGCGAGGACAUUCAGGAUGACUCAUCCUCCACUGGAACCUACUGGCCUGUUGAGUCUGAUGUGGAAACCCCAGACCUGGACCUUGGCUGGCCAUGUUUUCUACCUGAACUGUCAAACAAGACCAAUGUAGAUCUGUAUUUCCACCCACCUCGUCAGAAUUGCCCCACGAUAAAAGAAGUGAUAAGAAAAUCAAUACAGGACGCAAGAAAGGUCAUUGCAAUUGUGAUGGAUGUAUUCACCGAUGUGGACAUAUUCAAGGAAAUUGUAGAUGCUUCAGUCCGAGGAGUUCCAGUUUAUCUCUUGCUUGAUGAAUUUCAGUUUAAAAGCUUUCUUACUAUGGCUGAGAAACAAGAAGUUCAAGUUCAGAGACUCAGGAAUAUGAGGGUGCGGACAAUAAAAGGACAAGAAUAUCUCUGCAGAUCUGGAGCAAAGUUUCAUGGUGCUCUGGAACAGAAAUUUCUGUUGGUGGAUUGUCACACAGUGGUGUAUGGAUCGUACAGCUUUAUGUGGUCCUUUGAGAAGAUCAACCUCAGUAUGGUACAGGUCAUUACAGGCCAACUUGUUGAAUGUUAUGAUGAAGAAUUUAGGACACUCUUUGCCCGCUCUGCUAUUCCAAAUAUAUUUUCUCCAGAGAAUGUUGCACCAGACGUUAGGCAAGAAAGAUGGCAGAAUGGCACAAGUGCAGUGUCUGCGUAUGUUUCGCAUGGUCAGCCAUUUGAUAAAAGAGACAAACUAAGGCAUACUCUUGAUACAGUGUAUAUGAAGGCUUGUGGAAGACAGCUCAACGUAACAAACAACAUGGGGGAGAUGGAUAGCGAUGAAACAUAUCAACAAAGAACAUUUGGCUAUAGACCAGGCCCUACUGGGUUGAAUGUACAGAAUAGAAUCCAGCAGCUUCAGUCCACUGAGACAAGUAACUACUUGAAAAGACAUAGCUAUGCUGGAGAGAAGCAAGAAACCCCAUUAUAUGUUCAAAACAGGGCAUCAAACUUCGGAUCAAGUAAUUGGAAUGUAGGAAGAGAUGGUUAUGGAGCUCCAGGGAGAACUGAUUUUAAGUCAAAGUACAAUGCAUUUCAAGGUGGUGGUGGAGAACAGUUCCAAAAAGGCAGAUUAACCCAACCUUACCAUAGUUCAAAUAUGCGAAAAUCAUUUCAUGGAACUGACAGUCAUGUCCAUAUUUUGCAACAAAAUAUGCCAACCCUUGAACGUACUACAAAGUCAUUCUUACGAACCUGGCGGAUAGAGUCCUACCUUAACAACUCUGAAUCGCCACUUGAAGAUUGUGGGGAUUAUCCGGCAGCACAGUAUGAUGGUUUAGAAGUAACAGAAAACAAGCCCAACCAAAUGUACCCAGUUCAUUCUCGUCUUCGAUCAUCUCUCGUUUUUAAGUCAACCAUACCAGAGCAGCUUGAAACAAACAGUUAUGCAAGCAAUGCAUCUUCUUCCACAAUGGGCAGAGCUCAAGAUAAACACCACAAUUCUUCAGCCAAUUUAUAUUAUUCUGCUGUGCAUAGAAACCCAGCUGUGCAAACAGAAAAUAGGAUGAGACAGGAUGACUUUGUGCAAAAAAGACGCAGUUUACAGAUAUAUGAUGCCACUCUUGGUAGAACACCAGCCAAGAAUCCAGAUGUUUUACAACAAGUUGAGGGCUGUGGUUAUAAAAGACACAGUAUUAAUGAGCCAAAGCCAAGUCAGGAUUACAUUGUUAAUAAAGACAAUUCCAGUUACAUGUAUGGUACUCUUGGAAGAAGACAGCCAGACAAGUAUAUGACCAGUCAGGGUAAUAACUAUACCCAAAACAUGCACGCACUUCAAAAUCUGGAUGGCCAAAGUUCAACUUCACAGCACAGUGUUAAAAAGGAAGCAGAGAAUAAGACAUUGUCAACUUCUAAUUGGCAACCUCCUCCAUCAAGAACCAUGUCUGCAACCUCUCUUGCAGAUUCCAGGCAAAAAGAGCAAAAUGCAGGAAAAGCGAACAAGGAAAGUGAAGGUUCACCACGCUUCUUCAAAAGAAGCACCAACAAGAUUAAAUCUUUGCUUAACUUGACAGACAAGUCACCUAAAAGCAAACGCAGUUCAAACUACAAUAUAAGUGACAGUUCAGACAUUUUAGUUUCUGAUGACGAGGACCAGAAACACAGAACAAACAAAGAAAAAAACAAACUCUCCACCAGUACGGCAAACUCAGUCAAAUCUAUAGACAGCCUUGGACAUUCCAAAAUAAAUCAAAAGCUUCAGCUGAAGGAGAACCUUUUCUCAGAAGAAGCUCCAGUUUCGUCAGUACCACGAUUUAGUACAGAACAUCUCAAUAAUGAGACAGACAAAGAAGAGAAAGCCAGUGCUGUCAUAUCUCCAGCAACUUCCUCUGCUGUGGUAAAUCAUCAACCAGAGACAAGAAAAAUCCACCCAGAGAACUCCAGUGCAGUAUCACAAGCGCUCCAGAGGAAUCGUCCUAAUGACAAACGGGUUUAUAGCCGUUUUGAGUCUUUCUGCACAUUUGAAAACCAGAGCAGUAAACCGACUGAUUCAAGAGAACAGACCGUAACCACUGGAGCCAUGUACACUGCAGAGAAGAACAACAGUGUGAGCAAUCAUGGAAUAACCAAUGCAACAUUUGUACAUCAUACCUCUAUGGGAUAUCCAACAUAUUCACACAAUGACAAUAAAAUUGGUAGGUUUAUGCAGAGAUUCGUUGGGAAUUUCAUUCACAAACACAAGUAAGAGAAUGCAUUUCUAGGACUCACGCUGCCAAUGCUGAAACAGCAGCUGUCACCAUUCAUAAUAAUAAUGUCUUCCAAUUUAAACAACAAAAAAAAGAAAACUGAAAAAGGUCAACGGGGUUAGCUUUUUAUAUAUUUUUUUUUCUUGGUGGAGGACUUAGGGAAGAACUUUCAUGUCACUGAAUAAUAAUUUUAUAUUACCUCUAAGAUUGCUGUAUUUACAAGAAAUGGUUGUUUACAAUAGGAAAUAUAAAAAAAUUCAGUGGGAUUUAAAGGGGUGUUUUUACAUACAAGUUGCCAAAACUUGAAUUUCCUUGUGGGCUAUGGUAGAGAAGGAUCGGAAAAAUAGUGUAGUGGUAUUAGAUGAUUUUGUAGAAUAUCAGAAAGCGUAAAUUAAAGUUCUAAAUGAAUAAUGGUCCAGUAUUAUACUUUCCAGGAUGACAAUUUUGUUUUUAUAGUCAAAAUCCUUUGAGGAAAAAUACAAUGUUAUUGCAGCUUUGGAUGGUGUCUACUGUACAAUCAGUCAGGUACAAACAAUGUAUUUGAAAAGCACAAUCUUCGUUAAAAAUGUAAUCCACCAUUUUUUCCUAUGAAAUGGUUUAAAUGUAUAAUUUUUCUCUUCCACAACAAAUGCAGUUUAAAAUACAUGAAGGUGCAGUUUGUAAAUUACAAUUCGCAUGGUAUAAAAAACUUAGAACCCUGCUCUAUCAAAUACUUUUUUUUAGUUGGUAAUGUUAAUAAAAGGGAGUGAAUAAAACAGCCUGAGGUUAGACACCAGUUGGAUCCGUUACUGUUUAAAUAAUUCAAAUAGACUCCACUGUGAAAGCACUGCACCAUCAAGCAAAGUCUGUAGAAUUAAACUGAAAGAAACCA